AUGGACAACGAGGAAACAGAGGCUUCGAAGUUCCCUGUGGAAGAAGGGGACAGCCAGGAACUUCCCCGGCCUCGGCCGCGCUCAGAAACGCCCGAGCCGGCUCUUCGCACGCGCCCGCCGUGCUCCUCCCGGGGCCGCGCCGCCGCGCCGCCGCGCCUGUCCUCAGACGGCCUCUGCCUCCCUCCGCCUCCCCCGCCCGCGUGCCCUUCAGCUGGUCCCUCAGCCCGGCCGACGCGAGGGGAGCAGGGCGCGCGCCGGCAGUCGGACGACGUGCGCGAGACGCACGGCCCCGCGCGGAGCGCCGGAAGGAGCCCGGCCGGGGCCCCGCGCGUCGCUGGUGGGAUCGCCCGGCCGGGCGAAGAGUCGCCACAACAAACGGGAACAAAGGGGGCCGGCCGAGAAGUUGGCAGGGGAGACCGGGGCGAGGAGACGCGGCCGGGGCAGGCGCCGGCGGAGGCGGCAGGCGGAGCGCCGGCCCGGUUCGCCGCCCCUCAUCGCGCCCGCAGCCCGGCCACCGCCCCGCCCGGAGCUCCCGGCCGGAGUCGCCGGCUGCCCGGCCGCCCAGCCCGGCCGGCCGCCGCGCCUUCCUUCCGGGCGGCCACCGGCUGUCCCCAGCCCGGGGUCCCCAGACAUGGCCCUCCUCCGCUUCCCCCCGCGGGUCCCCGUCGCGCCCCCUUCCCGGGUCUUUAUCAAACUUCCCCGGCCGCGGGGCGCUGGGACGGGGGCAGCGGCAGCGCCAGCCGGGCGGGCUCUGCGGAGUAA